CAGAGAGUGCACGAACCAAUUGGUCUGUUGGAAUUUAUUAACGGAGCACAAUCCAAAGAAUCAUCCGCUCUUUGCAUUUAGAUUCCGCUACCUGUCACGCAAACAGCUCUGGCUCCUUCUGCCAGUCCUCCGAAUCCUUAAUCAGAUCUCUACAAAAUGUCAGGCCCGAUCGUAGUCCGGCUGCCCCGCAGAAUCUCCAAGUCGCGGUUUCUCUCCAUGGGUGCCAUCUCCUGGGUUUACCGGAUCACCGAAAGCAUUGUGGUUAAGUAUUCUAGAGAUAUAGGUGCGGGUGAGAUAGAGCGAGACAACGCCAUCUACGAUAUCUUCGAACAGUACACGCCAUGCCCAUACGUCAUACAGAGCUUCUACCGCACCGCCAAUGCCAACUUCCUUCCGUUCAUGCUCGCCAGCCUCGACACCCGUUUAAAACGCAAUCAGAGGCGCGAGAAGCACAAGGUCCUCCAGGUGCUCCGGAUUGAGGAAAGGCAUCUUAUCGAGCGCUGGGCCGCCGAGCUCUGCGCAGCUGUCGCCUGGAUCGAGUCUCUUGGCCUUGUCCACGGCGACCUGCGCCCUCCAAAUAUACUCUUUGACGAGCAGGAUCACCUCAAGCUGACCGACUUCGACUGUGUCGCACGCAUCGGAGAUGCUUCCUCCGGCAAUGCCCCGCCAUGGGCACGCCUCUACCCCGACCCACUUACUGGCAAGGGACGCUGGGGUCUCUAUGGUCCGAAGACAGAGCAGUUUGCGAUCGGCUCGUUGCUGUACUGCAUGACAAGGGGCCACGAGCCGUAUGGACACCCAGACGACAACCCCGAGCUCGACGUCGUCAGGCUGUUCAAAGAAGGCGUUUUUCCACGUGUAUACGCCGAAAGUGAUGAGCUAGACCGCAUCAUAAAUCGCUGCUGGACCGGAUAUUACGAGUCGAUAAAGGACUUGGCGGAGGUGGCUACCCAUCUCCCAGGGGCCAAAGACAUGGGCACCGCUACUACAUUCAGUGCCGAGUACUGUGCUCAGAAGCGUAACGAGUGUUGCCAACUUGUUCGGGAAGGCUUCUUAGAAAUAGACGACGUGUAGGGAUCCUAGGAAGGCAGGGGCCUUGGCUAAGCCAAACUCAAGACUGUAGGAGAGGCGUUGCACCAAAAGAAGUGAUGGUCCAGCGAAGACAUCCAGGAUAAAAACAUGUGCAGCCAUUGAAGAUCGGUCCAGCAUUGUAUCUCUAUAGAGUACUGGUAAAUCAUACUUCCACCCACUUUCCAGUCUUGGGGAAGGAAGGGGAGGCGCUCUGCGGGGAGGGGGGGUGUUUGGGAUUGGUUCCUUUUCGCACCUUGGGAAACAAGGCAUUUGGCGGCCACAGCAAUUCGGCGGUAAGAACAGCAAGUUUCCAAUUGAGUGAUUAUCCAUUCCAUGCACAGGUCUUGAGAGCGGGCUGUG